ACCCUAGUGAAGAAAAUAAAAAAAAUGGCGGAAAAAAAUCAAGACUACAAGGAAAGUAAGAAAAUUGAUAGAACGUUUCACGUGAAACGUUAUUAUAGUACGAAAGAUCCAGUGACUUCUGACAAAAUUAGUAAAGAGGUGAUAAAAGCCGAACGAGAAACAGAACGGAAAUGGUUGGCAAGAUACGAAUGUUUGUCCAGUGAAUAUUUUCAAAAGGUGCUGGCCGAAGAAUGCAGAAAAGCGGCACUUCCGGCGGAUACUUUCAAGCGAAAACCGCCGGAAGACCCGACUAAAUGUUCACCAAUUCCCUUGAAACCUUCMCCAGCCGUUCCCAGAACGGCGUCCGCAAUGGUCGGCUGGAGAUCUUCUCGUAUGGAAUACAAUCUAGAAUUCAUCGGUCCUAUGUAUAUUUCACCAAAAUGGACCAUUCGUUCUUACACGGAAAUAGAAAAUUAUCUAACGCAACAAAAAUUCAUUUAUCUUGGUUGA